AAACACAUUUCUUGUUUCAAAUCGGUAAGCCGCGAUUCUCCCGAUGCAGAAGCAGUCUCGUUCUCUCCCAUGAAGGCAGGUGUGCGCGCGUUUAUAUCUACAUGCAGGGCUAGCCGACUGGAGGAGCGAAUUUUGAGUCCGGAGCAUUUUUCGCCGACGGUCGAAUCGGCAACGGCGGUGAGUGGAGGUCGCGGCGAUGAAUUCCUACGUCGAGCAGCAAGAAUUUACAAACAACCAGGUUGCGGCCGCGAAAAAGUUACUAACAGUAACGAAGAGUGUUGACAGCACCGCGCAGGCCGUCGACUCUAUCAUCUCCGAGUGUAUUUCGGCCGCCGACUCGCAGGGGGUCGAACCGUUCGACGUGUUCGAGGAACUCGGCGCCGAUCCAAAAUCGUUUUUCGACAAGUGCGAAUUCGUGCACGAUGGGCCCGAGCCCACCGCAGCCGAAUGGGGUGAAAAAAAAUGCUACACCACCCUGGAGACGGUGCAGCACCCUGCCGCCGCGACGGCUCCGAAGGGGAUGGAAGUGGCUACGGUCAAAGAGUUUGACUGGCUCAUGAACUUUAAGAUAGGAAAACUGCUCGACCCUCUCAAAGACGACUAUGGGCCAAAUGAUGAAAACAGGAACAUUUUUAAUCUGCUGAAAGCGAAAAAUUCCGAGCCAACAAAACCGGCACCCCCACCGCCCCCCGUGGGCCCGAAGCCUCCGUUCACCUACACAGAACUGAUUGAACAAGCCCUGGAAGAAAAGGGAGCCCUGACUGUCUCGGGGAUAUACCAGUGGAUAUCUCAGCAUUUCCCCUACUACCGUCCGAAUGACGACCGCUGGAAGAACUCGGUGCGCCACAACCUGUCCAUCAACCCGCACUUCAGCAAGGGAGGCAAGGCAACCAGAGGCGCCGGACACUUGUGGACAGUGGUGGCUGAGGACGAGCGUACCCGCAGCUCUUGGAAGAGACGGCGUCUAGAGCAGUACGUAAACGACAAGCGACGCCGGGAGUCGAUGACCCUGGACAACGAGACAAACCAGGCCGCAAGCCUUCUUGAGAACAGCAUGGAUGGAAAACUAGACGACUCAUCCAAAGAGGGCUGGGUGACUACGCACAUUAUUAGUCUAGAGCAAACGGCUGAGGACAUUUUGAUGGGCGUGCGGCGCGAGGUGGAGGUCGAGUUUCUGACCAAAAUGCCCAGGGAAGAGGCUGAUGGCUCUUGCGGAUCUGCUGAUUCAGACUUUUUGAACCCGAUAUCAAAGCAUGAAGCAGUGCAGGAAAGCGGUCUGCUGACAGAUGAAUCGCAGCUCAAUGACUUGAGUCUGAACCACGCAAACGCUGACGACUUUUUCUACGACGAGGAAAUGGCCCUUCAGUACUACGAGUUGGCCCUCUCCGGCACAGCCUAACCUCCGGGAAGCAGGCCUACGCGUUCGAUUUUAAAAAAGAGACCCCUUUCAAAAAGUGAACCAUUCUUCCAUUUGAGGGCGAUUUAUUUUUAGAGGGGCUGUGAAAUUUGUAAAAAGCGGAUAAAUGUAGCUAGCUCAAAAACUAUCUAGUCCAGAUUUCGACUUUUUGGCAAGACUCGCGACAAUUUAAACUGUAGCCAUGUUCUCCGUUGUAGUUGAUCCACACACAUGUAACUAGAGCACCUGAUUCGUUUGAAUUGUUGUGUUUUGUGAUAAUUCCCUGAGUGUUAGUCAUUUUGAAUUUAGGCUAGGAAGAGGAAUUUUGUACCACCAGUGAAA